UUUCUUCCUUCAAGAAUGGAUAACUACACGGGCCUAAUCUUCCCAUCUUCUUCUUCUUCUCCUCCAUCAUCAUCUUCAACUUGUAGUUUGUCCAUAAACAUGUCUAGUAGUAGUACUAUAUCUCAUGGGUUAGUCUCAGAAAUGGAGGUUCUGAACAAUAAUCUGAAUAUUGGGUCUCCGGAUCCAAUUAGGAGCAGCUUAGGUGGGUCUGAAAUGGAAGAUGAAGUGAUGAAGAGAUCAGAAGGGAGUGAUAUGAAGAAGAAGGGAGCAGUGAAGAAGGUGAAGAAACCAAGAUAUGCAUUUCAAACAAGAAGCCAAGUUGAUAUACUUGAUGAUGGCUAUAGGUGGAGAAAGUACGGCCAGAAAGCUGUCAAAAACAACAAAUUCCCCAGAAGCUACUAUCGGUGUACUCACCAAGGAUGCAAUGUGAAGAAGCAAGUACAAAGAUUAACAAAAGAUGAAGGAGUUGUGGUGACAACAUAUGAAGGAAUGCAUUCACAUCCCAUUGAAAAGUCUAGUCAUGAUAACUUUGAACACAUCUUGGCACAGAUGCAAAUCUACACUCCUUCCUUCUAAUUCUAUAAAAGUUAAGCUUGUUGUGUUGUGUAUCUCUUUAUAUAUAUAUAUAUAUAUAUAUAUAUAGUAGUGUAUGUAGUUUUGUUUUCUUUCAUGUAUUAAAUUUCACUGCAUGCAUGCGUAUAUAAAUAUAGAGCCCUCAAUGUACUGGAAUCGAAAACAAUAUUGUAGCAGAUUCGGUUUAUCAUUGGAAAGUUAAUCACCUUACAUAUA